AUGUCCUCUUGCGUCUCCUCCUCCCAUCACCACUGCGCCCGCCGCCUCCCCGCCCCGCCGCCCCGGGCGCACCUCGCCGCAGCCGACUCGUGCGCGUCCCCUUACCGCAGACGCGUCGGUUCCCUGAGGGCAAUGGGAGCCGAGGCGCCCUCGAGCGUGGCGCCGGCGGCGGGUAGGAAGGCUUCGGCGGUGCAGGCGGAGAUGGUGGAGGCGGCGGCCAUGUGGUGCGCCAUGCACGGACUCGUCGUCGGCGACCGCGGCAACCCGAGAUCUGGAACAGUCCCAGGUGUUGGUUUGGUUCAUGCUCCAUUUUCGCUACUUCCAACACGUUUUCCAGCAUCUUUUUGGAAGCAAGCAUGUGAACUGGCUCCUAUUUUCAAUGAGCUUGUGGAUCGUGUGAGCUUGGAUGGGAAGUUCUUGCAAGGUUCUUUGUCUAGAACAAAGCAGGUUGACGAUUUCACUGCUAGGUUGUUAGAAAUUCAUGCAAAGAUGAUGGCAGUAAACAAGAAGGAGGAUAUCCGCUUAGGGUUGCAUCGAUCUGACUACAUGCUUGAUUCUGAAACAAAUUCUCUUCUUCAAAUUGAGCUCAACACCAUCUCAACAUCAUUUCCUGGUCUAGGCUCUCUUGUGAGCGAACUUCACAGGACCUUACUUAAUCAAUAUGGUGAAGUCUUAGGUCUUGAUUCUGAAAGGAUUCCUCGGAACUGGGCAGCCAUUCAAUUUGCUGAAGCAUUGGGCAAAGCAUGGGUUGAGUAUAAUAAUGGAAGCGCUGUAGUUAUGAUGAUUGUUCAAGCUGAAGAAAGAAAUAUGUACGACCAGUACUGGCUCAUCAAUCAUUUGAAAGAAUCGCAUGGUGUGAUGACCAUUAGGAAAACUUUGGCACAGGUGGAGGCCGAAGGACUAGUGCUUCCGGAUGGAACACUUGUGGUAGAUGGACGACCUGUUGCUGUUGUGUAUUUCAGAGCUGGGUAUGCACCGACUGAUUACCCUUCAGAAGUGGAAUGGAGUGCAAGGCUUUUGAUUGAACAAUCAUCUGCUAUUAAGUGCCCUUCAAUAUCCUACCAUUUAGUCGGAACCAAAAAGAUCCAGCAAGAGCUAGCAAAACCUAGUGUUCUUGAAAGGUUCCUUGACAACGAGGAAGACAUUGCCAAGCUAUGUAAAUGCUUCGCAGGGUUAUGGAGCUUGGACAAUGAAGAAAUAGUGAAAUCAGCAAUAGAAAAACCUGACUUGUUUGUCCUGAAACCUCAACGAGAAGGUGGAGGGAACAACUUGUAUGGUCAUGAUUUGCGAGAAACACUGAUCAGACUAAAGAACAAACAGGGAGAGGCGCUUGCGGCCUACAUUUUGAUGCAGCGGAUUUUUCCAAGAGCUUCUCUUACUCAGCUUGUCCAGGGCGGUGUCUGCUUUGAGGAACUUUCAAUCUCUGAGCUUGGAAUAUUCGGAUCCUACCUGCGGAACAAAGAUAAGGUAGUCAUUAAUAACCAAUGUGGUUACUUGAUGCGCACCAAAGUUUCUUCAUCAAACGAAGGCGGAGUUGCUGCAGGAUUUGCUGUUCUGGACAGCAUUCUCCUCACAGAUGAGUGA